AUGCCUCAUUCCGUGCUUUUACAUCCUUUGCGGGUGCCUUACCAGGAUCAAUUACAGCUCCGUCAGCUACUGGAGCUUCUGAACAUCUGGGAAUUCCUACAAAGUGUUAUCAAGAUAGUCUAA